AUUAUUCAAAAAUAUCAGACAAUUUUUUGAUAAAUUAGAUUUUAAUUUUUAAAUUUAAAUUUUUGGCGCCUUUUUCUGCUACGUCAUAAAAAAUGGCCGCGUUAAGGGAUAAUUUUUUGAGCGCUCGAUUUUGACACUUUUUUUGGUUAGUGCUCAAAAACUACUUGUGCGUUUUCGCUCAUUUUCAAUAGGGCAAUUAAUUGAAUAAUUAUGAAGCCAUUAAAAAAAGAAUCAAGAAGAUUAAUUAAUUUUUUGAAAAGUUAUCGUGCUUGCAACUUUGUCCAGAAAAAUUUAAAUAAAAAUUAAGCGGAAAUUUAAAGUAUAAAGUGAUUUUUAUUAUUAUUUUGUAGAAAAUUGAGCGGAAAAAUUGACAAGCACACGUAUUGUAUAUAAAAUAAGUACGAUGAUUGUAAAGCUGACAUACAAGUGCGCGAGUGAGUAUCGAGGGAGGAAGAGUUUAACCACCUGUUGAGGAUUUACGAGAGUAAAAUUGACAAGCUGUCUAUAUAUUUACAUUUGUUUCGAUUUUUAUAAUUGCCGAAAAUUCUUUGCCGAUGUCAUGGAGGUGUUCGGUGAGUGUCUGGAGGAGGUUGAGUCUCAUCUUCGGCCAAGGGUGGACUUAGACUUCGUUAGGUCUAAGUGAAGAUAAAAAUAAUGAAGAUAAUGAUGAUGAUGAGGAAGAAAAUUUUGAUCGAAAACUAUCUGGACUACUUGUAUUCGGACAUGAUGGACCUGUCGGGAGCCGAGUGUAAAAGUGAGUGCGAGUGGGCUUGUAGCCGACAGCCGACACUUGAUGUCCGCACAAGGCACUAUCAAACAUGUUGAAGUUCUGUGUUAUCGGUCUCACCCGUCAAAAGAUAUAUAUUAUUGAGUAAAAAACGCCAAAGAGGUCAAAAGUCGACGGAGUAAGUGCAGAAAUACGGGCACCGGUUGACCGCGGGGCUAACCGCGGCUUCCACGCUCGAUGUCUUCUGUCUUUGUAAUUUAAUUAUUGUUUUACGAUUUUAUAAUUGUUGUUUAUUUUUAAGCUGAGGUUUGUUGUUACAAGACUCGAUUUAGUGAUAAAUUUUAUUUUUGAUCAUUUUUUUGGGAUACUUACGAAUAGUGUUUAAUUGUUGGGAGUUUUUUGGAGACUGUUUUGUUAGAACUGCUGAUUUAGACAGGAAUGAUGCAGCAGAAAAUCCUAAAAAGAACCGCGGAGGACCUGGAGUCAUCAGGAGGCAGCACAGUAGAGUCGAAUUUCGGCGAGCCUCCAGUAAAAGUGCAAUGUACCCAAGGACAGCAGCACCAGCACCAACAAACGCAAUCCUCAAGCAGCUCAGGGCACCACCCAAUGAACCAACUACCCUCCGGAAACAAUUCCUCCUCCAGCGGACAACCUGCCCCAGGCAGUACUUCCAGUUCCAACGAAGGACUAACCAAAUUUUCUGUAGAAAUAGUCCAACAAUUAGAGUUCACGACCUCCGCAGCGAACUCCCAAGCCCAACAAAUUUCCACAAACGUCACCGUGAAAGCCCUAACCAACGCUUCAGUAAAAAGCGACCUAGUAAACACGUCCUCUCCUGGUCCCAAAGCCGACCCGAGCUCCAGAGCUUCUUCCCAAGGGCCGGGUAUCGGUUGUGUGGACAUCGGAAAUCUAGUAGAAUGCAAACAAGAGCCCGAUAAUGACUUCGUGGACCUUGAGCAGUGCGCAGCAGCCGUUGUGAAAGACGCAGCAGCCAACGGAGCCGGCUUUCCAGGCUUCUCUGACUUUAUCGACGAAACCGGGGAUGAAAUGCUAAACGCGGACACUUUUAAGGACCUGAUCUCGGAAAUCAACGACUACCCGCUGAUGGACGAGUUCGAUUUUGAUGACAAGGGCAUCGAGUCCCUCACAGUGAACCACGGAUCUUCAGGAAAUUCCGGAAACUCUGUCCCGGGGCUCAGCAACGGAAUCAAGCUUGAAGACGACAAGGACGUCCACAGCCACAAUCAUCAAAACGGAGUCGCUAACGGGGCUCUUACCUCCAAUCCUAGCCCCGGAUUGGGUGCUCAGUACUCCCCUAGGCUGCCGUACUCCAGUUUGGACUUCAAAUCAGAGAUCCAAAGCCCCGCAGCGUCUACGUUGAAGCAAAUGGCGGAGCAGCACCAGAACCAACAGCACAAAAAUCAAAUGGGCCUUGGUCCCUUUACCCCCGCUGGAAAUCCAGCUCGUGGUCCUGCUUCAAGGUCACCUUACACGGAAUUCCCCCAAUUUGGGAACCCAGAGUACCUCGGCAGUCCUGGAAGCAACGGAACUUCUGGAACUGGGAACCAGAACGCACAAAAUUCAGUUGCUGCUUCUUAUCACAAGAGCACCAGCAAUCCGGGCUUCCAGUCGCAAGCUGGUGAUAUGUUUGCGAACCAGGCUCCGUUUUCGGGCUUGGGGGAUAUGAAGCGAUCCCAGUCGAUGACUGGCAAGCCCAAUAUGCUUGGCCCUUCGGGCUACAAGCAGCAGUACUCGCCGUAUGGAAGUCCUGGGUCCAUGCCCAAUCAUGGAAGUCCUGGGUACCCUCUGCCUUCCAGAGGAGCACCUGGUCCUGGGCCCAAUCAAGGUGGCUCGGGUCCGGGACCUUUUACUGGGUCCACUCCGCCAAGACCACCGUCAGGGUCUGGGUCUGCGACGCUUCAGAUCAACCAGGCGCAGCAGCUACAUAUAUCUAAUCCUGGGCAUAAUAUUCAGGUGUCGGCAGGGCAACAUAUGCAAUUAACUAGUGACUUGAAGCCCGGCGUGUCGGUGGCAGCUCAACAGGGCAUGUACUUCAACCAAACCCAAAAUCAAACAUCCGCGGGACAACAAGACACAUACUGCUCGGUAUCCCAGUCCCAGACAAUCAAUUUCACUCAGCAAAGCCUGAGGCAACGAGCUGCUGCUGCGGCCGCUGCUGCUGCCGGUGGUGUUCCGGGACAACCGGGACCCGGUGCUCCAGCACCUAGAAAUCAUUCACAACAAGUACCCAAUAACCAAGUUGAUCCCCAUCAACAUGCUAAGCUUGUUCAGCAGCAGCAACAACAACAGCAGCAGAUGAUGCGUGCUCAACAGGCAAUGCAACAUCAGCAGCAUUUGGCAGGUGGAAUGGGCGGCGUACGGCCACCACCGCCUGAGUACAAAGCAGCACAAGCGCAAAUGAUGCAUGCUGGUAUUGGCAUGGGUCAACAAGCAAGGUUCCCUAAUCAAGGCUCAAUAAGAAGAGUUUCGCAGCAACCUAUGCCUCCUUCGGGACCAAUGAUGAGGCCACCAAUAGCCCAACAACAGCAGCAACAGCAGCAGCAACAACAGCAACAGCAACAAGCGUUACACGCCGGCGGUAACAUGUACAUGAGCAACAUCGGCGGUGGCAUGUCCAUUAAUAACAUGCAUCAGAUGCAUCAGAGAUUAGGAUACCCAAGGACGAAUAACCAGCGACCGCCGAAUGUUAGUGUCGGUCCACCAGAAGGUCUAGGUAAUAAUAUCGGCGGCCGUGGCACACAGCAAGAAUGGCGACAUGUUAUCAUGCAGCAACAGGGCUUUCAAGCGCAGAUGCGUCCGCAAUUUAGUCAACAAACUCAUCAAGGUGGUUUUGGUAUGAGUGCUGGUACCGGUGGUGGUAUGCAAAUGAACGCCACUCAAAUGCAACAUCAGCAGCUGAUACGGUCACAAAGUACCGGGAUGAGUGGUGGUGCGAUGAACAAUAACUCACAGAUGCAACAGUUAUUGUCUCAACAGCAUCAACAGCAGACACUGGUAAUGCAGGGAAAUAGUCAAAUGUCAAUGCAGAUGCAAAUGUCACAAUCAGCAUCCGUUAAUUCGGUUUCAAAUACCAACACUGGAUCGCCAUUACAUCCUCAUCAACAAUACGGAUCUGGAAGCCCGGGAGUAAGACUACCGCAGCAGCAGCAGCAGCAGCUCAGCCAACAGCAAAAUUCAACGACGAAUGAUUCGUCAGUAGCGACAGCUGCUGACUUUAGUCUGGAAUUUUUGGAAAAUCUUCCAACUGGUGAUACGUCAAAUUUUAGCGCUCAAGAACUACUUAAUUCGUUGGACUCAACGGCGGGCUUUAAUCUUGAUAUUUUAUAAAAAAAUUUAACCUAGUCAAGGUUAAAUAUAUUUACAAUUUAUGUGGAACAGCUGUUUAAUAAUUGAUUUGUUAUCAAUAAUAUCCAGCUGUUGAUAUCCACAUAAUACAACUAGGCAAUCACAUUUUAGUCAAUUUACUUAUUAUUAUUUUUAUUAUUAUUAUUAUUAAUAUAAUUAUUGUUUGAUAGAAAUUAACAUAUUAAGAGAGUCUAAGAAGAGAGUAAAAGCAAUCCGAUCAACACUUGAUCACUAUUUGUUGGCUGCUUUCUCUCUCUUUAAUAAUCUCACUCUCAGUCUCUCACUCUCUAUCUGGCAUCUGAGUGCUCUUGUCGACGACACAAGUGUACCUUCGACGAGCACUCUGUUUAUGCAAUUUAAUUUUUUUUAGUUUUCAUUUUUCGAUACUUUACCUACCUCGGUUACACUCCAGUAGCCUUGAAUAGGAUCGUACGGAAAUAAUUAUUGUAAUCAUUACAAUUACAAACAUAUUAUAUAUGUAUGACAAGGUUGAAUUAAUAUUAUCAAGUUAAAUUGGAUUAUUAUUUUUAUUAUUAAUAUUAUUAAUCUAUUUAAAAGUUCAAUAUUAAUUAAAAUACUGGUGAUGAUUACAUUAGGGGCAUUCUUGGGCAGUAUCCACUUUUUUAAUAUUUCACUUUCAUAAAAAUUUAAUUAAUUUAAAAAAUAAAAUAAAUUUUAUUUGAAUUAGCAACC